ACUAAAUUUUUAUUAUAUAAUUUCCAUCCCUAUAUGAGUUGAUGGAGCUGCCACCACCACAACCAAACCCAAUCGCACGGCCACCAAUAGCACCACCAUAUAUACAACAAGAAAAAUCAUAUGCACCUUCUUUGUACCCUCGUGGACAUAAAAAAUUGUCUGCAACUGCAUUUCAGAAAGGCUUAUGUCUGCCACUUUCAAGGCUCUAUCAUUCUUCCCCCUCUUUUCUUCCAUUUUGUCAAGCUUAAUUUGUUGAGACAAGAUCAAGGAUUUUUCCCACACGUUUUUACCACUCUCUUUUAUAUCUUUUCUUUUGAUUUAGUUGCAUAACCUUCCUGCUUACCCCUUUAUCACAUAAGGAAAGGUAGGGAGAAAAAAAGAGUGGUCUAAAUCAGGUGCAUCCAAGUCAACAACCUAACUAUAAAUAUGGCCAAUUCCAAAGGAUUCAACUCCAUGAAAAUUUAACUACCUCUUCUGUAGUAAGGAUUCAAACACAUAACAUGUCACUUUCCAGCGCCAAAAACUUCUUCCAGAGGUUCUGGUUAGAUGAAUUCCAAUUGGGAAAUUUUUCCCAUGGAAGCUUUUUGUCCAAUGAUGAUCUCUUGCCAUCUCUUGGAGCUAGAAUAAACCAGGAAACUAGACUACGAAAAUACAUAAUCUCCCCUUUCAAUCCUCAGUAUAGGGCUUGGGAGAUGUUACUGGUCGUUCUAGUCAUAUACUCGGCUUGGAUUUGCCCGUUUGAGUUUGCAUUUCUUCCUUAUAAGCAAGAUGCACUAUUCAUCAUAGACAACAUUGUCAAUGGCUUCUUUGCCAUUGACAUCAUGCUGACAUUCUUUGUUGCUUACCUUGAUAACCAUUCUUAUCUUCUUGUUGAUGAUCCAAAGAGAAUUGCAAUAAGGUACCUAUCUACCUGGUUUGCUUUUGAUGUCUGCUCAACUGUACCAUUGCAAUCCUUCAGCUUUCUCUUCACUAAUCAUAGCAGUGAGCUUGGCUUCAAAGCCUUCAACAUGUUUCGAUUAUGGCGUUUGAGACGAGUCAGUUCUUUAUUUGCAAGACUUGAAAAGGACAUUCGCUUCAAUUAUUUUUGGACUAGGUGCACAAAGCUCAUUGCUGUGACCUUGUUUGCAGUGCACUGUGCAGGAUGCUUUAACUAUCUCAUUGCAGAUAGGUAUCCUGAUUCCAAAAGAACCUGGAUCGGUGCAAUGUACCCAAACUUUAAAGAAGAAAGUCUUUGGGACAGAUAUGUCACUGCAAUAUACUGGUCCAUUGUCACCCUUACUACCACUGGCUAUGGUGAUUUGCAUGCUGAGAACACGAGAGAGAUGUUGUUUGAUAUUGCUUACAUGUUGUUCAACUUGGGUUUAACAUCAUACAUCAUUGGAAAUAUGACUAACCUUGUAGUCCACUGGACCAGCCGUACAAGAAACUUUAGGGAUACAGUCAAAGCAGCUUCUGAAUUUGCAUCAAGAAAUCAUUUGCCACAUCGCAUACAGGAUCAAAUGUUGUCACACAUAUGUUUGAGGUUUAAGACAGAAGGACUGAAGCAGCAAGAAACAUUAAAUGAUCUUCCAAAGGCAAUCCGUUCAAGCAUUGCGCACCAUCUCUUUUUUCCUGUUGUGCAGAAGGUCUACCUCUUCCAAGGAGUCUCCCAUGAUUUCCUUUUUCAACUGGUUUCAGAUAUGGAGGCUGAGUAUUUCCCACCCAAGGAAGAUGUGGUACUGCAAAACGAGUCUUCCACAGACCUUUAUGUGCUGGUUUCAGGAGCAGUGGAUCUCAUUCGCUACAUUGAUGGGCAUGAUCAAGUUCUUGGGAAGACAGUUGCAGUUGAUGCAUUUGGAGAGAUUGGUGUUUUAUAUGGUGUACAACAGCCUUUCACAGUUCGGACCACAGAGCUUUCUCAAAUUUUAAGAGUCAACAAAACAUCCUUAAUGAAUGUUUUACGAGCAAAUCCACGAGAUGCACAAAUUAUAAUGGAUAACCUUUUAAUGAGAUCAAAGGGGCCUGAAGGUUUCGGCUUUGAAUAUCCAUGUACUGAUUCUGGAUUUGUUCCGCAUGAAGUACUUCAAGGAGGCAACAAGAGAGGAAGCUCCUCUUCUCCUGAGUGUGCAAAUAAUUCCCUCGAGCAUUCAUUAACACAUGAAGGAAAGCACACAAUUAUUAGAGACUCGGAAACCAGCUUGAGUAAAGUGACUAAUGAUGAUCAUUUAGUCUCUAAAUAUAACAUGAUCCCUGAGGAUAAUAGAAGAGAUCCCCAUGCGGUUACACAUAAGGGGAAUCUAGACGUUGUUGAAAUUCUGCUUGAAAGAGACGGGAAUGCAAAGAACCCAAAUGCCAUCGGGUGGACACAAAAACCUCUGGUAAAACAGCCAAAAAACAAGGGCAUCUCCGACCAAAAAAUGAGUUGUGAAAACGAGAAGACAGAUGAAUUUAGAAUAGCAAUUACGGAGCCAGAAAUCCCUGACUUUCAAAGAAAUGGCUCAACUAGAAACAGAAAAGAUGGUAUUAGAUCUAUCAACUUCCCAUUAGAGAAAGUGUACACAAAAUCCAAUUCAAGAAAUUUGAACUGUCCAAGUGAUAGAGAAGCGGCAAUGUCUAUCAAGAAGAGAGUAACAAUCCAUUUGCUAAAGGGAUGCAGAAGUACCUCACGGGGACAGCAUGGAAAACUGAUAAUCCUACCUGAUUCAUUAGAAGAGCUGUUCAAAGUUGCUGGUGAAAAAUUCGGUAACAUCGGCCCUACAAAAGUAAUUAGCACAGAAAACGCAGAGAUAGAUGACAUAAACGUCAUUCGAGAUGGAGAUCAUCUCUUUCUUCUGUGCAGCGAUAGUGAAAUUUUGAGUUCGUGAUGUUACCAAUAUGGAAAUGAAGAUAGAUAGUAGCUUCAGGAAAGUAAUGAUGAUCAUAUAAUCAAACAUUUUAAGUGCUAAGUAUCCAGAAAGAUACUGGAAAAUCAUACAAUUCAAUUACAAAAGCUGCUCGUUGUUUAUGACUUUUGAAACAAAAUUUUACAUUCUCACUAAAAUUGGCCGGUUGCAAAUCGACGAAAGUGAGUCAUAUAAUCAAUUCAGUCUCCAAGAUGUGUUUGCUGAUAUAUUGCAUGAUUCAACAGUAUUUCACAGUUUU